AUGGCCUACCCUAGGGGAUGGCGGCUAUCAUACCUAAAGCAGCUAGAUGGUGGAUCUCAGGAGCCUCUCUGUGCAAUUUUGGAGCGGCGAGACAAACCGGAGUUUCUUCGAAUUGAGUCUGAAGCAUUAACAGAGUUGAAUUCCUACGAUACUUCCCUCAUUAAGGAUCAGUUCGUGAAGAUUGCUGAUAUUUUCUGUUGUUUGGGCGUUUACAAAUCGUUGACGUAUGACUCCCUCCUGCAAGCGUACCCGUCAUUUCUAGUUGCUGUGACGGAGUGUCACCUAGUUGGUAAACUCCCUAAUUACGAGGUGUACCGAAUCACCAGUGUCCACUUCUUAUGCCUUAACAAGCUAUUUCUUGAGGACGACUGCAAUAAUGAGUUUAAGAAGCUUUUAUCCUCUGGAGCAUUUUAUUUCGCCAAAGAUCUUUCAACAGGGCUGCCGUACGAUAUAACAAGAAGCGAACAAAGCCAUUUUCGGUUAUCCAGUUCGGAUUUUAAGUGGUCCGACUCCUAUGAUCAACGCUUUCUCUGGAACCGCGGUCUGAUGUCUUUGUUCUUUCAACAACGAGUGUCUCCUUCCAAGUGGAUUUAUCCUACUAUCUGUGGCAGUUUCGGGGUUUCUACACUCUACGCCGGAUUGCGACGCGCGCAGAUCGGUGUGGUCUCUCGUCUCUCCACCAUGCGUCCUGGUACGCGCUUUAACGUUCGAGGAGUGGACGACAGUGGUUACGUUGCGAACUUCGUUGAAACUGAAGUUUUUAUUUGCGUUGAGAAGCAAGUUCUAAGCCACGUUCAGAUACGAGGAACGGUGCCGCUGUUUUGGGAGCAGCCGGGUUUACAGGUGGGAUCUCACAAAAUCAAAAUUUUUCGUUUUGUUGAGACCUCCUUGCAAGCCUUCGAUCGACACUUUGCCGAAAUUCUCUCGCGUUACACUAACACCUUAAUUUUGAAUCUAAUGGGCUCGAAGGAGGGAGAAGGAAACCUUUCUCGUCAAUAUAAAGAACACUGGAAUGUCUCUGAUUAUCGGACAAAAAUAAACUAUAUUCACUUCGACUACCAUUCGUGUGUCAAUCCAAAGACCCUAGAAGGUGUGGAAUCCUUGCUCUCAUCGCUAAAAGGUUGUCUUGAUGAGUGGGGCUUCUACUACAUGGAUGGGACGGAGGUGAGACGUCUUCAGCAUGGCGUGGUAAGUCGCUUUAUGACAACAUUUGGGCGAUACCUAUCUUUAGACUUGGACUCUCCUUUUGUUUUUACCCUCAAGGUGCGAACAAAUUGUGUCGAUUGUUUGGACCGAACUAAUACAGUGCAAACCAUGAUCUCCACCAUGCUGCUCACCUCGCACUUCCUGAAAGCGAUGAACCUCCUCUCAACCACCAACAAUCACACGGAGAGACAUGCCCAAGGAAUUCUUCAAUCUCUAUGGAUUGAGAAUGGCGACAACGUGAGUCGAAUAUACACGGGGACAGGAGCGUUGCGUAGCGAUAGGUCAAAACUGCGAAAUGUACAACGCAGUGCUACUCGCGCCAUCAAAAACAACUUCUUCGAUAGUGCCAAACAGGAGGCUAUGGUUGCAGUACUCAACUCCUCCAGUCUUGUUGGAUGGCAACGUCUGGUGGCUGGCCAAUUCCUUCCACCAAGACUCCACUUUCUAUCGCAAUCAGUACUGCAAAGUAUUCUUGACCGAAAUGCUGAAUUUACACGCCGUGAACGGCUAAAAAUUUUCAUCGGCACAUGGAAUGUUAAUGGUGGAAGAAAUGUGCGUUCCUUAGCUCAUCGUGACAACGAUCUCUCCGAUUGGCUGCUAGUGGAACGCCAACACUUCACCGGCUACCGAAAUCCCCAUGCUGAACCAGAGGCCUUCAAUCGUCCCACAGAUAUCUUCGUUGUGGGCUUCGAGGAGAUCAUCGAUUUGAAUGCAAGUAAUGUAGUGGCGAACAAACAGAGUUCGGAGAAUCAGAGGUACUGGGGAACCACACUGCAGACUCUCUUUGAUCAGGCCUCAGAGACCGGUGAACCGUACGUCCUCCUCUGCACCACUCAACUCGUCGGUGUGUGUAUUUUUGUCUUCCUUCGUCUCGGUCUCUGCGAAUACGUUCGUGGUUUGGCCUCUUCUUCUGUAAAGACUGGCCUACAUGCCAAAGCUGGCAAUAAGGGUGCUGUUGCUGUGCGAUUCCAGAUCGGUGCAACUUCCCUGUGUUUUUGCUGCUCUCAUCUCACCGCUGGCCAAUCGGCUUACCGUGAGCGCAAUGCCGAGGUUCUCGACAUCUCCCAGCGCCUCACUCUGGCACCCGAUAAACGUAGUGUCCUCUCACACGACUACGUCUUUUGGUUUGGUGACCUUAACUAUCGCAUCAAUCGACCUAAUGAAGAGGUGAAGGCAUUGGUUGCUCGUUCAGCGUGGUCAGAACUCCACUGCAGUGAUCAGCUCUUGGUACAACGCAAGGCGAAUGCCGUGUUUAAGGGAUUUAGUGAAGGACCAUUGAAUUUCGCGCCUACUUAUAAGUACGACCUCUUUUGUGACGACUACGACACCUCCGAGAAGGCGCGUUCUCCCUCUUGGACGGAUCGUGUGCUUUGGCGGCGAGCUAACAUCACCUUCAAGAAGGCGUCUGUCAACACCGAUCCAGCGGAUCAAAUACUUCUCAAAAAUUUGCUUGUCUACUAUAGAGCGGAGAUUAAAACUAGUGAUCAUCGACCUGUUGCUGCUGUCUUCGAUAUCGACAUUCAAGUCGUAGAACCGACGAAACGUCGUCAAGUGAUUGAAGAGGAGCUUCUAGCUGCUGGACCCGGUGAUGCGACAGUUCGUGUUACUUGGUCAUGCAAAGAUAGUAGAGUCACAGCUGACGACAUUCUUCAAGCCAUUGUUGAGUUGGCUGGUUCUGCGGGCACCAUAAUUCUUACACGUCCUCAAUGCAACAAUCAACUCCUUCUGACUUUCUCCUCUCCCUAUGAGGCGGUAGAAGCUGUCCGGUGUUUGAAUGGUAACAAGGUGUCAGUGGAGACGGCAAGGCAACAGGUUGUCCUCUCAGUCUGUCUCAACUCAACGCCGCGUCUCCCAGUAGCAGAUGGUGGCAAAGCCUCUCGCAGCCUUGAGGAUGUGUUGAGUGAGUCACGCGUUCUGGACGAACCAACUCGUGAGUGGUUGGAGGAGAUGCGACAGCUGGUGAACGAGGCGGAUGAGGAAUAUCUACGCACCCAUGGACCCAGUCCUGAGCAUGCAGUUUUCCAGCCCACUGUCAGUUUGGCUCAUUUGCGUCGCAGGGAGAAUGUUGCUGCAGAUGAGGUGCGUCGUCAGCGCAUUGUCAGCAUCCUUUCUGACGAGGAUCAGGCUCUCAUUAAUCUUUGGGAUGAUGAAGAUGAGAGUGCACCUGCGACGAUCUCAUCGACAGCACAGAAGGAGAAAGAUAACGUCUUUCAUUCCACAGUUCUACCUCCCGUACCUCCUCGACCGCCUCCGCCUAACCCCGCUGUGCUCAUGCCAGAUCUGUCAAUGCUAAAAGAGCUGCUGCCUCCGGAGCCGCCUCUUCACCCGGCGCAUAGUUGCAGUGACCUUCCGAGUGAGCUAGGUGACAACGGUAAUGGCACACCGAGUGGACAAUUCACCACACCAACCCUUCAGCCACAGCUUUCAGGUGUGGGAUUUGCUCGACCCAUAUCGGCGAGUGUAUCGCCGCAACACAAAAUCCAGCCAACGCCGCCUCCUCCACCGAAACGUCUUCCACCUCGGCCACCGCCUCAGUUACAACCUUCGCCUCUCGACGCAUCUCCGCAACAUCUCAUUGACCUUUGGUGCGACGAACCCAAAUUCCUUGGCGGAACG